GGCCUACCAUUGGGUCCUUUUGGAACAGCAUAUCUGGUGCUUGAUGCUGUUGGGAGGGGCUCGAUGACAUCCCCCAGCAGCUCUGGCCCACGGUCUUGCUCAGAGGUCUCUGUGUCAUCCCUUGAUGCAGUUGGGAGGGGCUCGAUGACAUCCCCCAGCAGCUCUGGCCCACGGUCUUGCUCAGAGGUCUCUGUGUCAUCCCUUGAUGCAGUUGGGAGGGGCUCGAUGACAUCCCCCAGCAGCUCUGGCCCACGGUCUUGCUCAGAGGUCUCUGUGUCAUCCCUUGAUGCAGUUGGGAGGGGCUCGAUGACAUCCCCCAGCAGCUCUGGCCCACGGUCUUGCUCAGAGGUCACUGUGUCAUCCCUUGAUGCAGUUGGGAGGGGCUCGAUGACAUCCCCCAGCAGCUCUGGCCCACGGUCUUGCUCAGAGGUCACUGUGUCAUCCCUUGAUGCAGUUGGGAGGGGCUCGAUGACAUCCCCCAGCAGCUCUGGCCCACGGUCUUGCUCAGAGGUCUCUGUGUCAUCCCUUGAUGCAGUUGGGAGGGGCUCGAUGACAUCCCCCAGCAGCUCUGGCCCACGGUCUUGCUCAGAGGUCUCUGUGUCAUCCCUUGAUGCAGUUGGGAGGGGCUCGAUGACAUCCCCCAGCAGCUCUGGCCCACGGUCUUGCUCAGAGGUCUCUGUGUCAUCCCUUGAUGCAGUUGGGAGGGGCUCGAUGACAUCCCCCAGCAGCUCUGGCCCACGGUCUUGCUCAGAGGUCUCUGUGUCAUCCCUUGAUGCAGUUGGGAGGGGCUCGAUGACAUCCCCCAGCAGCUCUGGCCCACGGUCUUGCUCAGAGGUCACUGUGUCAUCCCUUGAUACAUCUAUUACAUUAAAAUAACACAAGAACCAUUAGUGUAUAAUCAACAUAAAAA